CCCGCGCCUUCAUUUGCGGUGUCUGUGCUGAGGCCAUGCCCUCCUUCGACUUGUCUUUGCCCUCGUCGCUCUGAUUCCCUCCAAUUGCCCUCUCGGGGCUGUUCCCACAGCAAAAAGAAGACCUCCCAUGUCGACGUGACGGGCCACCUCCCCGCAAGAAUCCACCCUUGUCUCUCAUCCAUCGUUCAAUAUGCCGCCACAUCUCCAUCCUCGGUCGCGGUCGACCACCUCGCUCUUCGCCGCCACUCUCCUAGCCUCCCUCUGCGUCGUCGGCAUCCCGCAUGUUUUCCCUUGUCCGGCCCCGCGUCGCACCCUGGCCGAUUCCCAAAUGAUGGUCAAUGAAGAUGGACAACCGAUUCAGAGAGCUCGCCGGAGGAGACGGAAGGAUGUUCCUGGUCUAGAUGAAACCACGCCCUCCUUCACACAACAAACCCCCGAUGACGAAGUCUCCACGUUCCUACAACUCGAGGAAGAAGCAGAGCGGUUGGCUAAGACGGGCAGAGAGUGCCCUGUCCCCAAACCCCGUGGUGUGAUCGGUGAAUUACUCGGUUUCCCAUCUCAAAAGGAUACACAGUUGCAUCAGGCCCCCGGGAGAGAGGGGCAAUAAUCGGUCGUUUAGGAAGGGAGAAUCAUGCCACAAGGCGCCGGACAUGGACCAAUUGGGAGGAUUUCUCAGAAAAUGUUUGAAAGGGAUGUUUUAAGGCUUGUUUACGGCUGGAUAAGGUAGCUGCCAUCGAGUCUUGCCGUGUCGCGAGGUACCAUCCCCGCG